UCAACUUUGACGCGCUGCCGUCGGCGUCGAUCGAGGCGGAGAUGAAGGAAGUGUCGUUCCGCCAGAUCAUGGAGCUCACCAAGCCGCAGCGCAAGUACCUCAUCGUCGGCUUCCUCGCGUGCUGCAUCCAAGGCUUCUCGAUGCCCGGCGUCGCGCUCAUCAUCUCGAACGUCAUGUCGACAAUGCAGAAGAACUACAAGCUGUACAUCGACACGAAGAAGCCCGAGUACCUCGACACGCUCUACACGGACGUCCGCGAUCAAGCCGUCAUCUUCAUCGGCAUUGCGGUCGCCAUCUUCUUUGUCUCGUACAUCCAGACGUACACGUUCCGGUACAUUGGCGAGAAGCUCACGACCCGGCUUCGCAACAUGCACUUCCAGGCGCUCAUGCGCCAGGACAUUGGCUACUUUGACAUGGACGGCCACACGACCGGCGCUUUGACAACCGACCUCUCGACGCACGCGACCAAGGUGGUUGCGAUCGCCGGCGAGAACCAGUCACGCAUCGUGCAGACGAUCUUUACGUUCAUCGCGGCCAUGAUCAUCUCGUUUGGCCUUGGCAGCUGGCAGCUCACGCUCGUCAUGCUCUGCGUGCUGCCGCUCAUGGUCAUCGCCACGAUGUUCCGCAGCCAGCAGAUGAAGGGCCAGAAGGUCAGCGACAGCCUCACGCUCUCGGGCUCGGUGGCGACUGAAGCCAUUGUCAACGCCCGGACGGUGACCGCACUCGGCCUCCAAGAGACGCUUGCUGCCAAGUACGACGAAAUGCUCGAGCAGCCAAUGAAGGACGGCGUCCGCGAGUCGCACAUCAACGGCAUCAUGAACGGCUUCUCGACCUUCUCCAUGUUUGCCGUCUACGCGCUGGUGUUCUGGUAUGGCAACAAGCUCAUCCAAGACGGCGCCAUCAGCUUUGAAGAGAUGAUCCGCACGCUCAUGGCCGUCAUGAUGGCAGCCCAAGGCAUGGGCCAGACCGCCGGCUGGAUGGGUGAUACCGACUCGGCCAAGAAGGCGGCCAAGGAGAUCUUCGCGAUCGUCGAGCGCCAGCCCAUCAUCGACUCGUCCAAGGUCGACGAAGGCGUCGUGCCCAACUCGAUCGAAGGCCGCAUCGUCUUCAAGGACGUCCAGUUCAACUACCCGACCCGCCCCAACAUCCAAGUCCUCAAGCACUACGAUUUGACGAUCGAGCCGGGUCAGACGGUCGCGUUUUGCGGUCCCAGUGGCGGCGGCAAGAGCACGGUCGUCGCACUCCUCGAACGCUUCUACCAGCAACAAGCCGGCUCCAUCACGCUCGACGGCCGCGAGCUCGCGACGCUCAACCUCCCGUGGCUGCGCAACCAGAUCGGUCUCGUCGGCCAAGAGCCCGUCUUGUUUGUGGGCACGAUCGCCGAGAACAUUGCCGGCGGCCUCGCCAACAUUGACAACGUGCCGGACCUCCAAGCGCGCGUGGAAGCGGCCGCCAAGAUGGCGAACGCCCACAACUUCAUCUCGCAGUUUCCCGACGGGUACGAGACGCAAGUGGGUCUCAAAGGCGAGCAGCUCUCGGGCGGCCAGAAGCAGCGCAUCGCGAUCGCGCGUGCGAUCAUGAAGAACCCGUCGAUUUUGCUACUGGACGAAGCCACGUCGGCGCUCGACUCGGAGAGCGAAAAGGUCGUCCAAGAAGCGCUCGACAAGCUGCUGGCGGCCAAGGGCCGGACGACGAUCGUGAUUGCGCACCGCCUCUCGACGAUCCGGAACGCCGACAAGAUCUGCGUCGUGAGCGGCGGCCGCAUCGCAGAGCAAGGCACGCACGAUGAGCUCAUGCGUCUCAACGGCAUCUACACGCACCUCGCGUCGCACAACCAGAUUUAGGUUGCCACAACAUGUGUCCUUUUUAUUAUAAUCAAAGACUGAAUUUGCACUUUUUGCUCAAUUUGCCGUAGCAACCACUCCAACCUACAGCAGUCUAAA